ACACAGCAGGACACACAAAAAUGCUAACUCAUCUAUCUUUUGACCCUUACUGAUAACCUUGUGACUUAGCGGUAGAACAAAAAUGACCAAAUAUAACGCCGCGUCUUGUCAUUUUUCCUUGACACCAUGGCACCUACACUCUAUGUGAUCCCAGCGAGCUCCCCGGUACGAGCUGUCCUAAUGACAGCCAAAGCAAUUGGGCUAAAUUUGGAACUAAAGACACUUGAUAUGAGUGCCGGAGAACACACAACACCCGAAUUUCUAAAGCUGAACCCACAACACACAGUACCGACUUUAGUGGAUGAAGACGGAUACGUUUUAUGGGACAGUCAUGCCAUAAUGCCGUACCUACUUUCGAAGUAUGGUAAAGACAGUUCUUUGUACCCUUCGGGACUCAAGGAACGGGCUCUCGUGAACCAAAGGCUACAUUUUGAUAGUAGCGUAUCCUUCGCCAAACUUUUACAAAUUUGGCUGCCCAUUGUCCACCAAGGAAAGAAACACGUAGAUCCGACGGAUGUGGAAGCAGUCAAUGAAAUCUACUCGUUUGUGGAAAGUUUCCUGGAUGGUAGAAAAUGGGUGGCCGGGGAUUCUGUCACCAUUGCUGAUUUUAGUACCAUAACGACGCUCACUUCUUUGGAUGUUCUGGUCAAAAUUGAAGCCACCAAGUAUCCCGAUUUGGUUGCUUAUCUUAAGAGAGCUGAAGGUUUGCCGGUGUAUGAUGUUAGUAAGAAAGGUCUCGAUGUUUUCGUUAGUUCCGUGAAACAAAGGCUUUCUUAAUAUAUAAAUUGCACUUUGUUG